GUCAAAAUGUCUUUUUUUUGGUUUACUUGUGCUGUUGUGGAAAAAUAAUUGAGAAUUUGGACAAUUUUCUUGUUAAUUAUCAUUUAUUUAACUCAGUUGAAGGGCUAUAAAGAAAGCCCUCAUUAAAUUCACCUUUAGGAAAGUGUUUUCGUUCAAAAAGUAAAAAAUGGACCCGAGCAGUGGUAGUGGAGAUGAAGAUGGAACAGUCUCAAAAAAAGUCAGCAACCUACUGCCAAUCUACGGCAACGAAAGAACAAUGAAUCUAAACCCCCUGAUACUGACCAACAUACAAAGUUCGCACUAUUUCAAAGUCAAUUUGUACGAAUUGAAAACCUACCACGAAGUAGUGGACGAAAUUUACUAUAAAGUCAGCCACUUGGAACCAUGGGAAAAAGGAUCUAGAAGAACAUCGGGCCAAACUGGCAUGUGCGGAGGUGUCAGAGGUGUGGGAGCUGGAGGAAUCGUUUCCACUGCCUAUUGUUUGCUAUACAAACUUUUCACUUUGAAACUUACUAAGAAACAAUUAAAUGGGCUUAUUACUCAUUGCGAUUCUCCAUAUAUCAGGGCAUUAGGAUUUAUGUAUAUAAGGUACGUCCUGCCACCUAACUUGUUACUUGAAUGGUACGAAGAUUAUUUAGAAGAUGAUGAGGAAAUGGAUGUGAAAGCAGGAGGGGGUCAGGUAAUGACAAUGGGCCAAAUCCUUAGACAAUGGCUGGUUAAAUUGGAAUGGUUUUCUACAUUAUUUCCCAGAAUACCUGUGCCAAUGCAACAGAAGAUUCAAAGAUUUUUAGAACAAAAAUUCCCUCCUCAAGCUGUGCAAGUAGCUCAAGAAAGAGCAAGAGAAGAUAGAAGAUUUGAUAACAGGGUUGAAAGAGAACCACGUCCAGGUCCAGUACGUGACGAUUUGAGACGUGAUUUUUUAAGGGAUGAUCGCGAUAGGAGGGUGGAUACUAGAAGGGACAGAAACCGCGGGGUUGAAAGGCGAGACCCUAAAUAUGGGGAUAGAAGCAGAAGUCCCAACAGAAAUAAGUAUAGUCAUCAUGGUAGGGAUAGGAGCAGAGAACGCGGAGAUAGAUACAGAAGGGAAAGAUAUUGAUGAGGAUAUUUGUGGGCCCCGCACAGAUUUUUUUUCGUUGGGAAUUAUUAUUGGCAACAAUGUUAACAAGUAUGAUUUAUUUUUUUUGUAUUAUAGGAAUAGAGUACCUCAUUUUUUUUUUCAAUUUAGGGAAGUUAAUUGAAAAUAAUGUACAAUUCAUAAGCCUUUGCUGUGAAUAUUUUUUUGUAUUAUAAAAUAGUUAACAUUAAAUGGAUCUUUUCUUAAUAAAUUAUUGGUUUAUUUUUUGAAGCUGUUAAUUACAUCAAAGUGGGUUAUUAUGCUUGGUGGGAUCGCUUCAAAGUGGACCAAUCUUGUUAUUUUGCUGCUGUGUUUUUGUAGGAAAUCUGAAAACGUUUUUUCUUCUUUUUUGAUCCAGGGCCUUCGGUCGUCUUGGAUUUGGUAUGGCGUCACAUGAAUAUUUAUAUUAAUAUCUUGAAAAAUAUAUAAAUAAAUAAGAUUCUACAGGGUUGUAGUUGAAUACAAUUUUUACCUAAAGAACAUAAACUAGUCAAAACAUCUUGUUGCACAAUCCAAGUAUUUUUACCACCAGAAUGUCCACCAUCCAGCCAAUACAUUGAUUUAAUUUUUUUGAUUAUAUUUAAUAUUCCUUGGUCUUUGUUUAUAAUACUAUAAUGGAAUUCGUGGACAAAUUGAUUUAAUACAACGCAACCUUUACUGAAACCUACAAUUUCUCUAUCCA